AUGGCAAGUCUACCAGUGAAUGGCUCUUUUGAAAACGAAACAGCUCUCCCCCAAGAGAUUUGGAGCACCACUAACCACGUGGUGUACGCUAUCUUGCUGAUCACGUGGUUGCCGUCCUUUGUGAUGUUUGUGCUCAUGGUGUGUCUCUUCGACCGGGUGACGACGUUCACCGAGAGCACCAAGUAUAUCCUCUUCAUGAACCUGAUGACCAGCGACAUGCUCUACGUGCUCCUUUCGGACCUGAUAAUGAUGAUAAGAUUUGAGCGCAUCUCGCUGAUUCGCAUCCUCUGCUGUUUUUUAAUCAACCUAAGUAUGGCGCUUCAAAUCAACAGCACCCUCACCAUCACGGCCAUGGCUCUGGAGCGCUACUUGGCCAUUUGUCAGCCACUUCGAUACCACCAACUGGCCCACCGGCAGUCCGGCCUGCAGGUAGUAACUGGCGUCUGCCUCCUGUCUCUGUCAGUGCCAACCAUCCGUCUCUUAUUUUGCGUAGCCAGCGGCCCGCUCUUCAUGAGCGAGUACCAACUUGUAUGUGAAAUGAACCAGUUGGAUGCAGACAUGCCUUAUGGAAAGGUAGCAAUCAUGAUCCGUGACACGUUUUUGUACACGGAAUUUGUAUUUGCCGUGCUGUCUGUAGCAACAUCCUAUGUCAUGACGGCUCUGGCCGCUAAGAGGGCCUCGGAGGGACGCAGCGGCUUCUCUAAGGCCAGAAAGACCAUAGUGCUGCACGCAAUUCAGCUGGGUCUGUGCUUACUGCCGGUGGCUAUACCCAUGUUCUACAAGUCGGUGGAGUUGUUGCGCCUAAACGCUUGGGCCACGCACGUGAUCAGGAUUGCGGUCUUCCUGGCACUGCACGUGUUUCCCCGCUUCAUGAGCCCCUUUCUGUACGGCAGCAGGGACGAGGAGAUUGUGAAACAAGUUCGAAAGUUAUUAUCGUCUCGCGUUCAUUCAAAGCGAGUAAUGCCAUAG